AUGGGUCCAGUGUACUACUUCCUCAGGUUUGAUGUAAAAAGGAAUGGUUCUGGUCUUCUUCUAACCCAAAACAAAUAUGCUCAAGAACUACUUGAAAAAGCUAGAAUGGAGGAUUAUAACCGUUGUCUUGUUCCCCUGGUAGUUGCAUGCAAAAGGGUACUGCGGUAUGUCAAAGGAACUCUUCAUCAUGGACUUAUUUUUAAACAAAAUUCACACUUUCGUCUUGAAGCUUAUGCUGAUGCUGAUAGGGCAAGUGAUAUAAACAAUAGAAGAUCUACAAGUGGAUAUGCUAUAUUUCUUGGUGAUAAUCUGGUCCAAUGGAGUUCUAGAAAGCAGAAAGUUGUCUCUUUAUACUACACCGAAGCUGAAUAUAGGGCAUUAAGUCAGGCAGCAACUGCACUCUCUGUUCACAGGUUUAGUUUGCUAUAG